AUGAAGCUCAUCGCCAUCGUUGCACUGUUGGUAGCCACCACGUCUGCAGCUCUUCAGGGCUACAAACUGCCUAAUCCAACCCGACCAGGAUUACAAUCUGGCGAUAAACAAUCUGCUACCGUUGGUCAUACUAGUACAACUCUAGCGCAGACCUCCGCUGGACAUACUAGCAAUUCUGCACAUUCAUCAGGACAAUCGAUUUCUGUGCAUUCUACAGGACGUCCACAUUCCACUGUCGCUAGUGGUGCAGCACAUACCUCGUCUGGAUCUGCGGUAUCCGGAACUGACGGCUUCACGGAAACAGGAAUCUCUUCUGGCUCUGGUGCCUCCUUGGCAGCUGGAGGCUCUGCAGUAUCUACUACUAUUGGAUUUUCGAGAGAACAAGGAAAUUUCGAGACACCAUGCAAGGAUGGAGAGGUGCGCCAUAUUGACGGCUCAUGCAUCGUUCCCGAAAUUACACGGAAAGUUUUCGUCGUGUCUGUACCAAGACAGGCACCACGACCAAGUGACUCUCUUCCAGAUAUCCCACCACCAAGAGUCGACCACAACAUUCUCUUCGUGCGUCUUCCCGAAGGAGGUGUUGGACCUGAUCCUAUCGUUGUACCUCCACCAAGGCAAGACAACAUCGUAUAUGUCCUCAGUAAGAACAGUCAGAAUGGACAACGUGUCAUCGAAGUCCCAGCUCCUCCUCCAUCCGAGCCUGAAAUUUAUUUCGUCAACUACGAUGACGGCGAAAACCCGACCCUUCCUAGUGGUGUGGAUCUUCAAAGUGCUCUUGCUUCAGCACUUGAAGCAAAUGGUCAAGUAAUUGCUGAGGGCCUCGGAGAUAGCCUUGCCGGUCCAGAAGGAAUCGGUGGUGCCGUUGACAUCGGAAAUGUAGCUGUUGUUACCUCUGGAACUGGUGAGAAUACGUUCACCAACAGCGACACAGGAGUUCCAGUUUCUGUCAGUGGUUCUCAGGGUUCCCAGAUUGCUGUAACCCCAAGUUCUACUUCGACGGCCUCAUUCCCUACAUUGACUCAUGCUUUUGCUGAAAGUAAUACUGGAUCCCACCAGUCAGGUGGUAUCUCUACAGGUUCACAGAUAAGUGCAACCACGGCUGCUAGUGUCAAUCAGCCUGUGCCAUCUGAGCAUGUUAGACAAGUCAAUUUUUCUUUUGCCCGCUGGUCAAACAAGGUUUCAUUUGCAACGAACAAAAAGAUGAACCUGUAUGAUCCUCAGAGCUCUGACACCAACAAUAAUCUAACUUCUUACACAACACUCCACGACAGGCCCUGGGGGAACUCGGGUCUUCCUUCGCUGCUCUUGGUUGGCAAGGAACAUUUUGUAAUACCAGGCCAGUCCCUGCAGUCACCUUUCAGCAAUUGUGACCUGAAGUUUGUAAUGCAAGUCCUUUACUUUCACAUGGCGGAAACAUGA